AUGUCUCCUGGAGAAUGGUGCUUUUACAUCAACCUCCCCAUCGGCGCCGUCACCAUUCUCGCCAUUUUUGUUUUCCUCCAGCACCCCAAACAGACGCUGAAGAAGCCGGACUCAUGGAAGGGCCAGCUGGCGCAGUUGGACCCCUGGGGAACCGCAGCCUUCAUGCCCGGUAUCGUCUGCUUGCUUCUUGCCCUCCAGUGGGGGGGCCCCAAGUACGCUUGGGGUAGCGCCCGCAUCAUCGUCCUGUUCAUCCUCUUCGGUAUUCUUAUGAUUGCGUUUGUCGUCAUCCAGAUCUGGAAGGGAGAAAACGCAACCGUCCCGCCACGCAUCGUGAAGAAUCGCAGCAUGGCCUUCGCAAGCUUUUUCGCCUUUACCCUCGGCGCCUCGUUCUUCAUCCUGGUCUUCUACCUCCCGAUCUGGUUCCAGGCGAUCAAGACCGUCUCCGCAACCAAGUCCGGAGUCAUGACUAUUCCUAUGGUCCUUACCGUCGUGAUCGGCUCUAUCAUCGGCGGUAUUUUCAUUUCGCUAAUUGGAUACUUCACCCCAUUCUUUUACAUUUCCGCCGUGCUUAGCGCCGUCGGCGCGGCUAUGCUCACCACCUUCAAAACAGACACCGGCUCCCCGAAAUGGAUCGGCUACCAGGUCAUCUACGGCCUCGGAGUCGGACUCGGGUUCCAGCUCCCCAUCCUCACGCCGCAAGUGGUCCUGGACAUCAACGACGUCGCCGUCGGGAUCGUCGUGACGAUGUUCUCUCAGCUCCUUGGCGGCGCGCUCUUCAUCUCCGUCGCCCAGAACAUCUUUACCAAUAAACUUUACAACGGUGUCAUUAUUGCGGCGCCCGGGGUGGAUCCAAAAAACGCCAUGGGUCAAGGUGCCACGUCGCUCACGACGGUGAUUCCGCCUCAAUUCCUCGACGCGGUGCAGGUGGUGUAUAACAAGGCCUUAACACAAACGUGGUACGCCCCUGUUGCCAUGUCGGCGCUGGGCAUUAUUGGGGCCUUCGGUGUUGAGUGGAAAAGCGUGAAAGGGAAGAAUCUUAGUGCUUCGGCUGCUUAG